AUGACUGGCAGAAUUGGAGAUAACUGUUUGUUCUUUCUCCUCUUGGCAGGUACUGUUCGUUGCACAACUGCAGCCCAUCUGGCUCUGCUGGUUCCCAAAAAUGUGUCUUUCUAUCCCAGCAACCAUGAGCGUUACAAUGAAGGCAACAUUGAUGUGUGGUGGAUUGUGCAUGAUGGAGGCAUGUUGAUGCUUCUUCCUUUUCUACUCAAACAGCACAAAGUUUGGAGAAAAUGCAAGAUGAGAAUUUUUACUGUGGCUCAGAUGGAUGACAACAGCAUCCAGAUGAAGAAGGACUUGGCUACUUUCCUCUAUCAACUCCGAAUAGAGGCAGAGGUAGAAGUGGUAGAAAUGCAUAAUAGUGAUAUUUCAGCAUAUACUUACGAGAGAACUCUUAUGAUGGAGCAGAGGUCUCAGAUGCUGAGGCAAAUGAGGCUGACAAAAACAGAGCGGGAAAGGGAGGCUCAGCUAGUAAAGGACAGACAUUCAAUAGCACGCCUGGAAAGCUUGUACUCAGAUGAAGAAGAUGAGGGGGACACUGUGCCUGAGAACAUUCAGAUGACCUGGACAAAAGAGAAAUGUGAUGCUGAGAAGCGGAACCGAGGCAGCGCCGUGGGAAGCUUUAGAGAUCUCAUCAGCAUUAAACCGAACCAAUCUAAUGUCCGAAGGAUGCACACAGCAGUGAAGCUGAAUGAAGUUAUUGUUAAUAGAUCCCAUGAUGCCAGACUUGUUCUCCUUAAUAUGCCUGGUCCUCCGAAGAACACUGAUGGUGAUGAGAACUACAUGGAGUUUCUUGAAGUCUUGACUGAGGGUCUGGAGAGAGUAUUACUUGUCAGAGGAGGUGGACGAGAAGUCAUCACAAUUUACUCCUGAUUUAGUGCAAAUUUCUAAUGCUGGCCUACAUUUACCUUAUUGGUGAUAACGGACAUUCCAGUUUUAAUUGGAGAAGAAGAAAAGGUUUUUCUGCCUAACUUUCUCCUCAUCCAGUUCUGUUCAUUGUCUUUCCGUUUGCAACAUACAUAUCUUUUGGGGUUAAAGUGUUGUUACACCAUCCAAUUAGCAACAUAAUUUAAUUGUGAAGCUGCCACAUUAUUCAGUUUCUGCUUUGAUACUCCAGCAUUUGUGCAUGUAGUUUUACCAUUAAACCUAUUUUUGGACAACACUGCCAUGUGCAGUAUUUUUAGUAACUGUAUGUAAAGUUAGGACAUGAAAGCCAGUUACU